AUGGGAGACGCAGGGGUGGCAAGAGGCCCAUUGCGGAUCGCGAUCAUUGGAGGAGGUAUAGGCGGGCUAAGUUUUCUAUUAGGACUCUUGAGACACUGUGACCGACGCGCUAUUGACCCACAUCUAUAUGAAGCUGCUCAUGCGUUUUCGGAAAUCGGUGCUGGCGUUGGCUUUCUCCCCAAUGCGGUGCGAGCUAUGUGCGCCAUCGAUCCGAGAAUCUACGAAUCCUACAGCCGAAUCGCGGACAAAGCACCCCCGGUACAAGUCAAUGGACGAGAGAUGUCGGUCUUUUCCAGGAUUUAUAUGGGUAUGGACGGAAGAGGGGGGUCCAACACUGCCAAUGCAUUUGAAGAGAUUUGUACAAUCCACAAUGACAACAAGUUCCGCAAUAUCCAUCGGGCGGCUUUCUUGGACGCGAUGGUGAAUCUCUUGCCUGGUGGCUUUCAGGGAGGUCUGGUCAGCUUCAACAAGAGGUGCACGGAUGUACAAGAAGAUGGAGAACGUGUCAGAGUUCACUUCGCGGACGGCACCUCGCAAACCUUUGAUGCCGUUGUUGGUUGCGACGGCGUCAAAUCGCGGGUGCGAAACAUCCUACACGGUGAAGAGGAAAAGUACGAACCGCAAUUUACCGGCAAAUAUGCCUACCGAGGGCUCAUCCCAAUCGACGAUGCCAUCAACGCUCUAGGAAAAGAGGUGGCCACGACCCAGGCUAUAAUUCUCGGCUAUGGGGGUCAUUUCGUCACCUUUCCAAUCGAUCAAGGCAAGACGCUCAAUGUCGUCGCCUUCCGAGGCGCCUCGGAGUGGAACUAUGGCAGUAACUGGGUCGUUCCUGCCACCGUCCAAGACGGCCUCGAAGACUUCAAGGAGUGGAGCGAGCCGGUGAAAAGGUUGCUCUCUCUACUGAAAAAGGCAGACAAAUGGGGGCUCUUCGAUCUGCCCCCUGCAAAGUCCUUUGUCAAAGGCGGCAAAAUUUGUCUUCUAGGCGAUUGCGCCCAUGCUUCUACACCACACCUCGGCGCAGGAGCGGGUAUGGCUAUAGAGGACGCCGCUGUACUCAGUCGACUUCUUGCAAACAUCAAAAGGCCCGAGACAACUCAACUUGCGAGGGCUUUCGCAGCAUACGAUGCGGCCCGGAGAGAGCGUGAUCAACAGCUUGUGACCGCAAGCAGAAAGGCCGGUAUGCUCUACGAGUUUGAAACACCGGGCGUUGCAGAUGACAUUGAACAAGUCCGACAAACUCUGAGGAAGCAAUGGGAGUGGGUUUGGAGUUUUGACAUUGAUGCUCAUUGUGAAGAUGCUAUCAAAUUGAUGAACCGUCCGGAAAUGGUGGAUGAUUCCGCCUGA